UAUUAAAUAGAUUGAAAACGAUGGCAGGUUUUUAUCCUCCGCAGUUUGGAUUCAAUAAUCAGGCCCAACAGAUGAUGCCUAAUCAAAACAUGCCAACGUCACAACCUUCAAAUCAGCAUUCUGCUGGUGGAUACUACAGUCAAAGUUACCAACAGCCGAAUACCCAAAAUCAAACUUUGCAAAUGUAUCAGAAUGAGACGCCCCAGCUGCAAGGACAGCUGACGCAUGCGCAACAGUACAAUUCUGGAUAUCAACAACAAAAUCAGCAUCAGCAAUUAUCCCAGAAUUAUGCAAUUCAGUCGCAAAAUUAUGCAGGCCAAGCUCAAAGCCAUGGAAAUCAAUUCGGCCACCAAAAUUACAACCAGUCGUACCAACAACCACAUCAACAGCAAGUGCAGCAGCAGCAACAACAACAACAACAACAGUUUGUGCCGAGUAACUCUGGAAUUUUAGAUUCAAACAUGGGAAACCAGCCGAUGAGCAAUUUCAACCAAUUUGCACAGAUGAAUAUGCAAAUGACAAACCAAAUGCUGCCUCCAAUGCCCAAUGUUACACCUGUUCAAACGUAUAAUUCUACUGCGGCAGUGACCUUGCAAAGCGCGGUUCCGAAACCUGUUCCUCCUCCGCCGCCUAUGGCACCCCCCUCGACAGAGUCUAAACCACCACCACCGCCGACAAAUGGGGGAGCGGAGGCGAUGGUAGCCGAAGCUGUGACUAAUUUAAACCUUCGUGCUGAUGUUGUGAAGGCGCUGAAAGAAAACGCGGCGUAUCAGAAGAUGGAGGCUGAAAAGGGUGAAGUACUGGAGAAGCAGAGACAGUUCGAGAGCCAGUACUCCAAGUGGGAGAGUGACUUCGAACAGUGGCUGCUGGCCAACAGAGACCACCCGGACCAGAGCCAGCUGCACAAGUACUCGGAGGAACACGAGAACUACAGGGGCAAACUGGAGGACAUACGCAAAGAAUUGCAACAAAGCUUAGCUCACGUGGAGCUGCGCGAAAAACAACUGACUGCAAAAGUAUUGCGGGACGUUAAUAAUGCUAACCGUUACCAACAUCACAACCAAACUUCUAAUUCCGGUACUACCCCUACUAUUGCUGCACCAACUGCUAAAAUUGUCCAAAAUACACCUGUUUCUACUCAUCAACCGAAACCAGUUCAACAAAUCCCUUCGGAUGAAGGAUUUGCCCAAUUUAUCGAGCAGCAACGCCAGCAAACAUACACUCAGAGCCAGAAGGAUCCUAAGAUGUUAAUCAGUUCGGACAACAUUGCUCAGUAUUCGCCACAUUCAAAAGAUCAACAGGAUUAUGAAAAUGACGGGAAUAAGGCGUAUUAUGCUAGCAAUUCAAGGCAGAACUCAAAUGUUGACAAUGUGCAGCAACAUCUGAGUCAGUCAAAUUUUUCUGGCCAAAGUUAUCCACCGGCAAGUCAACAUCAAGUUGCAUCACCGCGACCAGUUCAGCAUCCGGGAAAUAUCUCCGGACGGGGAAGGUUUGUUACACCGGCUAUCAAUCCCAGAGUAUAUCGCCCGGCCGGUCGCGGAGGUCAACAACGGUUCCCCGCUCCAAGAAUGGUAGCUAUUCAGCCAUUGUUUCCUGAGGAACAACAAGGGAGUCAAAUUACCUCAAGUGGCGUUUCUCCAAAUAGCAAUCAGUUUUCUUACAGCAAUAGUGGCGAAGUAUCCGCAAAUUAUUCGAGUUUAUCUAACACUGGGCAGAGUAACGCACAAGGUAUGUCGCAGGCUAGAUUUAGAGUUCCAUCGCCGGUUCGUUCUAGGAAUCCGUUGGCUAAAAAUGCAACAAUGCCUGCGUCAAGAGGAGGAACUGCAAUGGCUAGAAUGCCUACACAGCAGCAGAGAUUUCAGCAUCAAGUUUCUUUGCCUAAUCCAGUGCGUCUAAUGACGCCACCAAUGAUGUGUGGUGCUAAUUCACAGGCACAGCCUGGUUAUGGUUUCAAAAAUAAUUCGAGUUUUGCUGAUAAAUUAAAUAAUAAAAAUGUAUCCAACCGUUUUGCCGAGGAUGUCAAUUUAGAAAGUUGGGAUGAUUCUUCUAAUUUGUCUCAAUCAUUUGAAUCUUCCGUUGAAAAUGUUCAAACUUCUAAGUCUAAUGAAUUUCAAAAUCAAAACAGUAUUGUAUCUCCACGAAAUUCAACCGAAGCUCCUGUUACUGAAACUGAAAACCUUAUUAGUCCAACAAGUUAUAAAGUGGUUAGAAGUGUUAAUAACUCCAAUCGAGGAUAUGCUGCUUCUAUGCGAGGAGGACGUGGGGGUGGUAAUUUACCCCUAGGAAACCAAAAUUUGUCCAAUGCGGGUGCCAAUCAGUCUAUGAAGGGAUUGGGUAUGCAAGGAAAUAUGCACGGACAAGGUAAUGAUGCCGGAAAAGGAAAUGGACAUGAUAAAAACCAGAAAGUUCCAAAAUCUGCUGAUAAUCAAGCAGCUGGAACACCUGACGAGGCUCCGACUCUAUCUGGAGGCACCAAAGGGUCAGCCGACCUUGACCUUGACGUGAUCAAGGCUGCUCUGAAGUCGCUCGUCCCAGCUGACGAGGAAGAAGAUGACGACAUUGAACGACAUUUCAAAGCGUCUGAAGCACGUAACGUCCAACAAAAGCAACCUGGUACACGACCAAAUGCUCCAUACGCUGAAAGAGGUGGGUACGGUGGACGCGGCAUGCCCAGCAUGCGUGGUCGUGGUAUCCGUGGGAGACUAGUACCGAAUCCAUCGGUUGUCGGGAACCUUCCAGUUAAUACCCCACCAUCGAUGGAUUUGCAAAGUAGAGCGAUGGAUGCUCCAGGAAUCAUGCCUACCAUGGGUGGUCGAGGAGGAUUUGGAGGAGUUUCUGCGUACCCUAGAGGAGGUAGGGGUAGGGGUUCCAUGAUGGGAGUGGGAAUGGGAAUGGACGUUGGAGGAGGAACCGGGAUCUUGGGAACUGGGUUUGCAAUCGGAGGACAGGAUGAGCAGGGGGUGUUUUGUGACAUGGAGAGAUAUGAAACUGAGAUGGAGUACAGGGCGUGGUAUGACCAGUUUGGAAAGAUGUACUACAAGGUGCACGGACCUGACGUCGAUCCGGAAAAAGAGCAAGAACUGAAAUGGGAGAAAGAAUUUUACGAUCGAGAUCACGGACCGGAUCCCAGACACCCGUAUUACCCGAAGUGGGUAUCCAAGCAUUUUGCAGACGAGUCUUGCAUUCAGCAGCAAGACAACAAUGCUAGCGUCAAUAAUUCUCUGGCUAUUGACCUGAAUAGGCCUACUCUGAAUGACUUAAUCACAGUCCCUGACCCAACUGAGCUGACUGACCUGAUAGAAUACCCCGGAAGAAGGAUCAGACCACCCAAGAUAGUCCUCAUCCUCAGAGGACCUCCGGGAUCUGGGAAAUCAUUUUUAGCCAGACUCAUUAAGGAGCGGGAAGUGAUCUUGGGAGAUCAUGCGAAACCCCCUCGAAUUCUGAGCAUAGACGACUACUACAUCACAGAAGAGUUCAUCAAGAAGGAGUCGGCCGAGGAACAGCGCAACGCCAAAAUUACCUUGCCCUCCGCCCCACGCAACAAGAUUGUGCAGUACGAGUAUGACGAGAGCAUGGAGGCGGCCUACAACCUCUGCAUGUUCAAGUGCUUCAAGAAGAGUCUGGAGAAUGACCUGUUUAGCUUCCUCAUCGUGGACAACACCAACCACCUCCUCUCUGACUUCGAACAGUACCUAGAUUGUGCCAAACUAUGCGGAUAUAAGUCUUACUUAGUGGAAUUGAAAGUACCGGCUUCGACAUGCUUCAAACGCAACACUCAUAAGAGGAGCAGGAAAGAUAUGGAGAGGAUCAUCACUACGUGGGAGGAUGCACCAGAGGAGUGCGUGUGUCUGGAUUAUAACAGCUUCUUAGAAGAACACGCUGAACCUUCUCCGGUGAAAGAGAACCCGAAUGCCGCAGCCGCACCAUUUAGUUGCAAGUCAAGAAAGAGAUCCCAUUCUCCCUCAUCGCGCAAACACAGCCGCGACCGCUCAAGUAGCGCUCACCGUAAGAGCUCUAAAUCAGGAAGAGUGCUCCCAGAUACGAUCAUGAUAGACUCGAGGUCACCGUCGCCUGAACAGGUCAUCUCUGACAAGGCGAGAGAGGAGAGUCCCCUGUCUUUCAGGCCCAGACAAUGGUCGCCCAGAGGAGGGAGCAGUAAAAAGAAGGUGAAAGAAGAUAGAUUAAAAGAUGACAGGUUGGUAUAGUGGAGGCCCUUUUGU